GCACACAAACACACUGUGGGUGUGUGUAGCUGUCUUAACUUCCAUCACAUCAGAUGUCCGUGCGCAGUUACCGGUGGCACGGCAUGAUGACACUCCAUAGACUUCUGCCUAAUAAGAGAAGAGGAAACUAAGAGUCCAAAGAUGGCUACUGUCACAAAACCCCGCCCACUGUUGGACGUUCUCCAAGCGAAUCAGUUCGAAGGAGAGAAUCUUGAUCCAAAAAUUCUUGAGGAGGCGGAGGAACACUUUUACAGAGGGGCCCCACCCAAAUGGUUAAACUUUCAUGCUAGUGAACAGGCAGAGUUAGAUGGCACUGGAAUUCCUUUCAUUAAACGAGAUGGAUACGAUAAAAUUAAGGGUGAAAUUGAGAAGUUGAUUAAACACACUGGAAUAUCAACCGUUAAACUGUUCCACAAGCCAGGAUGUGGGGGGACCACACUGGCCAUGAAGGUGUUGUGGGACUUCAGAAAAACCUUAAGGAGUGCUGUUUUAACAGACUCAACCUCGGACAUCACAAUGGUUGCAGCGGAGGUGGUCUGCCUUUUCACAGCAGGCAACCAUAAGACCGUGCUGCUGCUGGUGAAUGGUGAGGAGGUUUCGAGAGCUCUAAAAGUAAGCAUUAUGGAAGAGAUGGCCAAUCAGAAAGUUGCCACCCAUAAACAUGUGGUGACUUUACUCAACUGUAUCCGAAGAGAUUCAAAUGUAAAGAGUGAUAAUGUCUUUCUAACAGAAAUGCUUUCCGACUCAGAAAAGAAGAACUUUAAUGACAAGAAGGCGGAGCUCAAAAGCAGGUUUGGUGAUAAAUGCAACCGAUUUCACGGCUUUAACAUUAUGCAAAGCAACUUCUCUGAGGCUUACAUCCAGGAUGCGUGCUCUGUAUUCAAAACCAUCGAAAGAACAGAGGGCACCCAGCUGGCUGCCCUCCUUUCCCUGCUGAAUGCAUAUGUACCAGACUCUUAUCUCCUUGAGUCUCAGUGCCUGGACAUGAUCAAACGUCCCAACAUGUCACUGGAAGGCAUGCUGGAGAACUUAAGCCAUCUCAUCAUCACUAUCCAACAAGAUGGUUCUGAGGCAAAAGUCCGCAUGGCCCACCCUAUGAUAGCACAGUGUUGCACUGAAUUGCUGGCUGAGGCAGGUGUGACCAGAAGUGACACAGCAAAAGAGUUCUUGAGAUGUUUGUGCAGAGGUGAAGUUCCUCCUUUUUUGGCUGCUUUUGUCAAAAUCAUGCUAACCAAAAGAAGACCAAAACAAAAAGCAAAGGGAACAGAAGAGAACCCAAUAAAUCGUACAGAGAAGAAAGAGGAGUCCGAUUUAUUUUCUAGACUGAUUCUACAUAUUCACACAAAGGAGGCCGACGACUCUGAGUGUGCAUCAGUUUUAGAGAUGGCAACAGAUACCUUUGAUCAAAAUCCAUUUUUUCCACAAGCACUUGCUCGCUUUUAUUGCUUAAAACUCAAAGACUACGAUAAGGCAGAAACCUGGGCAAAUGAGGCAAAGAAGAGAGAUCCCCAAAAUUCGUUUGUUGCUGAUACACUGGGCCACGUCCAUAAGCACCGUCUGAAGAACCUAAGGCAAUAUGCCAAACCAGAAGACAUUUUGAAUCUUGCCAUAAAGGCCUUCAAAGCUUUCGAAGAAGAAGAAAGACUUGCUGAACAACAGCUUGAGUCAAACGUGAAAAAAGACGGCAAUAUCCAUGUCUCAAAUGUUUUCAACUCCAGAGGGCUGUUUGGUUAUCUGCAGGUCUGCAAUCUUGUGUUUGACCUACUCGUAAGUCAGAACCAAACUUGGAGAGACGUUCUCACCAAGAAGGAGUCCUUGAACUCGGUCCUAGGAUCCCUUGGAGACAGUUCACUUAUAAGAUUCAGUGAUCUCAUGAACAAACUCAGAGAUGAAGUUGAGAAAAAGUGUGCUUUUUUUGACAGAUACCUGACUUACUCAAAGCCUAGUAUUGAGGAAGAUGACCCAGAGUACAUUUCAAGAGAAACCUCGGCUUGCUACUGGAAGUAUGUUGGAGACUCCACAUCCAGCCCUUCAGAAAAAGGCGCUGAUCUGAUCCAGAAGCUCAAACUCAAACACGCUGACACCACUACGGGAGUUCUUGCAUGUCUUGACAGAGAAUGCCCUGAAUCAGACCUGAAAGAAAUAACGACACUGUGGGAGGAUACCCGUCUACAUAAAGAUCCGGACACAGCUGAGGUCAACAACAUCUUCGCUCACAUCAUGUUAAGAAAUAUGUCAGCAACCCUCCCUCCUGAUUGCAAGCAUUUAACUGCAUUCAAACAGAAACUGCACCCGAUCCCCACUGCUAAACCUGAGCCCUACAUGUUAGCCCUCCUCUUGCACUGGCCUACAGACCCUGGAGACACAUGCAACCUUGAUCUCAGUACGCUGAUUAAUCAUGCGCAACAGCUGUAUAAACAAGCAUACGCAAAACACCUUCGCGCAAGGUACCUUCGCCCUCUGUUUUUCAUUGGAAAAGGUCAAGGUCUGGACAGAAUAGUUCACAGAAAUGUCCUAGAAGGACGGCAAUUGGAAACAAUGCAGUUUCUGCAACAAAGCGAUGAGAAGAUUUUCCAGACUCCAUGGGUCAAAAAACACCUUCUAAAAGUCAGAGGGGAAAUACAAGAGUACAAACUCUUUGUAACUGUUAAUGGCAAAAAGAUUGAGGUGGCUGUAAACCUCCAAAACAGCCUCUGGAAAAAUCGCAAGGUUUGCUUCUACCUUGGAUUCACCAUCGAAGGUCCUGUGGCCUUUGCCAUCAACACGGAAACUGCAGAACAGAAGGAAAAACUCCCCGAGAGGGAUACCUCCAAACAACAGCCUCCUUAUUCUUUGAAGUUUGGAGCUUGUUGCAGUGAAAUGGAUGCCAGGGAUUUGACAGAACUUGAUCCUGAAGUCAACAGAGUGGAUGACGUUCAGACCUAUAGCCUCCAGUCUGAUGCAGGCAACUAUGAAUGCAGAGUGUCUGGCCUGCGCUGGGUGUGUAAGGAGAAAGUCAGCUUCAAGUACAGGUUCCUGUCAUGGGAGGACCACAUGAAGAGUCCUUGCGACGGUUACACGCCAGCAGGACCCCUCAUGGACAUCACAGUCACAACUGGGGUGAUAGAGGAGGUGCAUCUGCCUCACAGUGUCUCUGUCGAUCAAAACUCAACUUUUUCUGGCGAGUUUGCGGUUCUUCAUGUGGAUGCCAGUGAUGUUUUGGAAAAAGUACCUAAAGUGACAUCGUCCCACAUCAAGUUCCUCCAGCCAACUUUCCCUCCAAAGGGGGUCCUGAUCCGAAAGAUGGAGGGGAUUCCGUUUUACCAAGACGUGUUGAUACACAAAACAAGCAAAGAAUUCCUCACGUUGGAGGUUCAUGUGGUGCCCCGUGGUUCUGCUCAACAGGAAGUGGAAGGGAAACAAAAGUCUUGUGGAUCGAUGCUAAUCCUAAAACAAAGCCUAGACAAGUCCAUGCGAAUUGGAGAUCCUCUCGCCCUCACAACAGACCAGGCGGAUGCAAUCAUUCAACCCAGCGAUCAAGAGUUCGGAUAUGAAAGCCUUUCCUUUGAGGUGUUCAUCAGAAACGCAGACAGCGACUUCGCCCUCCGGCUUGGAAGUGGGGAAAACACUGUCUGGACCGGUACCAUUCAUAAAGGAGACUACCAAAAUUAAAAGCGCCGAUCAUUAGCAAGAUUGCCAUCAGGAAGCUCUGAUGAACGGAGUGAGCGUUACAGAAGGACAACAGGUGGAUCUCUGAGACCUAGCAUCCUGUGGGAGGGUUUAAAAGCACACAGGACGAGAUGAAGCACACUCUUCAGGGGCCACGAGGGAAAGAUGCUCUCUAGGAAAUCCUCAAAAAGAUGUAGAGUAUGGGGCCUUUUGUUUCUGGGUUUGAGAGAUCAGGGAUCAGGAUAUAGUAUGGGAUAAGUAAAUGUGUAUUGCUUAUGGAUAAUCAAAGUAUCUGCUGUGAAAAGUACAACAUGGUAUAUGUGGAGGACACGGUGCGUGCAAAGUUUUGGUUGUGCUGCAGCUUGAUUUCCUAUCCUCUGUAAGAAGGGGUCGAACGACUUGUGAGGAAGAACGGCAGUCCACAGGCAGUUCCAACUUUAACAGACUUUAUCGCAGGGUGAUGAACUGAACAUUGAUGUAGGUUUAGUAGGGGUUAGCCUGUUAUACAGGGUGUGUUCUUUCGUGUGGGUUUGGGUGUAAAUGUGUGUGUGUGUGUGUGGUCUUUGUAACAAAGAUGAAGCAGAAAUCAGUAAACAGGUAAUGUAGAGGGAUGAUACAGUUGUCAUCUACAUUAAGAAAAGGCACAAUUGGCUGGCCUGUGGCGCCCUCUAUUGGCCAAAGGCCGCAACAGCAUAGCACCGACAUACGCUAUUACACGAGGCCUAACUAUUAUCACAUACACACAUAACAAAGUACAGGAAUGCACACGAUUCUAUAUAAUAACUGUAGUGUACAUAAUAAUGCUUACAUUAGCCCUGCACUUAAUGGGUGAUAGCGUUAUACAUUAAUACAGGCUGGGCUGCCAAGUGCUCCGCAUGGCAAGGCUAGCUGCUAAUUAACCUCAUUUACGGAGUUAGCGGGGUAAUUGCGGACAUAAACUUCCUGAACACUCCACUGGACCAGACUACAUGCACUUACAUUUUUCAUGCACGCACACGCAUGUCCACAACACACAGACUCCGCCAACACUAUCACAGUUAUGCGGUUAUAACACAAUAGCGACAGUCCGAUCGCCAUCAGUCUCCUUGCUUCCACUGAACAGCAAGUGCACGUUGCGAAAUUGCGCCACAUGGUUGAGACCACUUGUAAUUCUGGCUAGGGGUCACAUGGAAUAGUCCAACUAACGGGGGAGUUUUAUACAGUAUAUCAUUUUAAGCUCAUGCAGAGAAUGUAAAUAUGACAAAUUCUUCCGUUGUAAAAAAUAUUCUCGAUUUUAUUGUCUUCAAAGUCAAAUCUGAUCACGUACAGUUCUGUUUCUAUGCAAAUGAUCACAGCAGGGAAUAAAUACAAACAAUAAACAGGUAACCAGAUCCAACACGCGUGUGACAAACAGGAAGGUUAAACCGGUCUCGGGUCCUAGUGGCUGAUCUUCGCCUUGAGGCCCUCGAGUUCAGGGCGGCCCUUGAAGCGAGCUUUGAAAUCGGCCUCGGUGUGCUGAGAAGGAAACAGGAAGAGAGUGUGUGUGUUAACGGUUGCCCAUGACGGAUGUGUGUGUUAAAGUGUAUGUCUCGAAGGUUCAGCCGUUCAUCACUGGAUGUAAAAACAAAUGCAGAAACGUUAUCUGUAUUUCUAUGUGCACCAUUCAAUGUUAUUGACUAACAAUAAGUGCCUUAAAGGUUUCUAAAUUACUCUUGGUUAAUAACGUUUUAAAAAAAGAGCUGUCUGACUAAUGAGGAAGUGUGUUAGCUUGGGGUUUGCGCAAUGAUUAGGUGUUUAAUUUUGCUUUGCUUUGGGUUUAUUUAGGUCUGUCUUUUAAUAAUUUGGGCUUGUUCUCUUAUCUCGAAAAAUAAAAAAGUGAAACCAAGAGACCUAUAAUGUAAAUGUGCCUACAGUGAAUUAAAAUAAAGGGAUUUCCAAAUCUU